UCGUCUGCCCUCCCGCCCCCCCUCCAAACAACAACCUCCCCUCCAUUGCUCUUCCACCUUUUUGCCAGUGUAGCCUCAUUCCCCCCUAACAACCUCCACCACGUCGGCGUCAACUUUUUCGGGAUCGCAUUCCGGCGGUCAUAGUCGCUCCCAGAGCACUGUAAGUUCUUCGCCCCCGAGAUUCAGCACCGAGGAAGGAGGGGAAACGUUCCGUCCGGUUAUCGGGUUGAAGUCUAACCGGCCGAAUCCUACCCAUAUGCAGAACAUCAAUCCGAUCCCCAACGCGAACGGACCCGGGCCAAGCCCAGGUCACAAGAAAGCAACCGCAACCAUAGAUUCACCGGCGAAAAACAUGCGGUCCUCGAUUGCCUGCGUUCGAUGCAGGAGAUCGAAAGUCAAAUGCGUUAAUACUGGCCCAAAUACAACCUGUCGCGCGUGCGAGGCCAGCAACAGAGAAUGCACCUAUCCACAGCCUGUGGCCUCGGGCGCUCCUCGCGCGUCGGGGGGAAGUGGUGGUGCCACCAUGUCCAUCGGUUCGGUGGCCGGCGCCGGGUCGGGCGGAUUGGGUGGCGCGGGUGGUGCAGAGCGAGUUGAGGCACCGAAGAAGGCGAAGCCGAAGAAGCCCACCUCAAGCGCCAAUGCAGCGGCUACAGCUGCUAGCAUGAACACGCCGUCGUCCUGGAAAGAGUGCUUGGGUGCGCCGGUGCUGACGCAGGCCGUGUGGCAGCUGAUUUUCGAUGCAUUCCAAUUGCACCACUCUCCGGUUCUUCCGUUCCUUCAUCCACCCACCUUCCUGAACAGGUUGCGAGCAUCGACCGCGAACCCCGGAUCGUCAUCCGGCAACUCUCCGCCACCGGAGAAGCCGCACUCGCCGUUGCUGUUGCUUGGCAUGCUCACGUUGACUGGCCGCCACAUCGCGCCACUCGUGUCCCACCAUGCCCCUGCCCUUGCGACUCCGACCGCAGUUUCCGAGUUCUACGCCUCGGCGCUCAAGUACCGGCUGAAGAACGAGGACGACGACAGCCUGCUGGUUCCGUCCCUGGACAAGGUACAGGCGCUCGUGAUGCUGAGCAUCCACGAAUGGGGCCAGACGAGAAAGUCUGAGGCCUACAUGUGGCUGGGACUCGCCAUCCGGAUGACCGGUGCGCUGGGUCUGUCGUGGGUUGAUGCCGACGACGCCCCCGCCACGGCUCCGUACUCGCCGCAGCCCGAGAGCGACGACCCACUUCCGUUCAAGAGGCGGAAGCUCGACAACGGCACAUCAGCGUCCGCGAAGGCGGCUACUGCCUACACCGUCGAGAAGGAGAUCCGGCGGAGAACCUUCUGGGCUGUCUUUGUGUUGGAUAGAUCUCUUUCGUCCGGCCGAUACUUUCCCAGUGGAAUUCCGUCCGCCGACGCCGACAGGGUCCAGCUGCCUUCCGACGAGCGGGGAUUCAUGUUUGGUGCAGACACCAAGACUGGUUUCUUGAACUCCGACAGUCUUCUCCACCCUGGAAGGAGCGAUGAAUCACACGAAAUUGGUGCGGGUGAAAGGAUACUAGCCCAUGUUGUCAAAGCCAUGGAGUUGUGGGGACACAUUCAAUCGUGGACAGAAACUGUUGACAGCGCACCUCCGUCAUCUCGGAACUCUGAGUAUGCCAGGCUUUCGGCAGCACUCGACGCUUUCGUGGAAUCGCUUCCCCAUCAGCUUGAGUAUUCGGAGAAUACCCUGCAGGUGCAUUUUUCUACCCGUAGUUCUUCUUCGUACGCUGUGCUGCACAUUGCGCUUUUCCUGUGUCGCAUCACUUUGGAGCGCAAGUGCCUCCCGAACAUUCCAUUCCACUCGCCGCACCCUCUUGGCCCCGUGGAGCCCACCAAACCGAUUUCCUCGGAAGAGGAGCGCUUCUACUCGGACUCGGCCGAACGGUACCUCGCUUCAGCACGUGAUCUCGUCACUUUGGUCUCGUCUCUGCAGGAGUGGAAUUCUAGGAUCGAGUCACCUUUCAUCAUCCUCGCACUAGAGCGUGCUGCCCGUUCGGGAUUGUACGUGUACAACUUCCCGUGGAUGGAUAUCCGUGGCUACAUGACUGGUGUGUCGAGGAUACACGGCGCUGAGCCGAUGGGAAGCGGAGAGGAGACCCGCAAGGCGGUUGAAUUCAUCCAGUCCCUCAAACCUCGAUGGGCUGUGGCGGGCGAGAGCUUUGCCGGGCUCGUGAACAUGCAGACGUGCGUCGCCGAGCAAUUGGGAGAAUUUAUCCGGAACGAUGACAAUGGAAGUGCUCUCGAGGAAAGGACUCGGUUGGUCAAGCCGAAUCAGGAUGAACGUACCCGGUUAUUCUCCCUCCUCGCGCCGCCCACUCCCAAGGCCGGGCCAAUUCCUGUUCCCUCGUCCUCUCAGGGCCGUGGCCCGAGUUCCGAGGUGGACACUCUGCUCUUGGCUGCCAACCAGGAGCCAGUCGUCGCUAGCGGAUCCGAGAGGUGGAUGGCGGUUAAUACGCCUAUCCCCGCCGCAGUGGUACAACCACAGGCGCCGCCGCCGACCGUCGUUCUAAAGACGGAGGAGGGCGGGUCUUUGGAUGCGCUGGCCGGCUUUGCGGCACAGCAGGGAAAGAUUGGAAACGGCCAGGAGUACAACUCACGGGAUCGGGACGUCGAGAUGGGAGAGGCCGGGAUCAAGAAGGAGGAAUCGUCGACAAAGUCCGGUGAGGAGAGACGAUGGAUUGACAACGGUGUUAAGCCUAGUGGGAAUUGGGGAGCCGUUAGCGCCUUGGAGAGCUAAGGGGGGUUGUGUUUGUCAUUUCUAGGUUUUACUGUGGGUUCUGGUGCGUUUACGAGAUUACUGGAGGGGAUCCAUUGGGCUACAAUUUUCCAAGGAGUCGGACUUUAUAUAGUUUUUUC